UCUUUCAAACCCUAGCCCCAGUCCCAACUCAAACACCGACCCACACUCUCUGUCUUCCAGUUCUCUUUCAAAAUCUUUUCUCCUUGCUUAAACCCUAAUCUCUAUUAAUUUCUGAAAUAUGUCGGACGAUGAAAGAGGGGAAGAGAAGGAGUUGGAUCUUUCCUCUUCUGAAGUUGUAACGAAAUACAAAUCGGCCGCUGAGAUUGUCAACAAGGCCUUGCAGUUGGUAUUGUCAGAAUGCAAGCCCAACGCCAAGAUUGUUGACAUUUGCGAGAAAGGAGACUCAUAUAUCAGAGAGCAAACUGGGAAUAUGUACAAGAAUGUAAAAAAGAAGAUUGAAAGGGGUGUUGCAUUUCCAACAUGUUUGUCUGUGAACAACACAGUCUGCCAUUACUCCCCUCUUGCCAGCGAUGAGACGGUCUUGAAAGAAGGUGACAUUUUGAAAAUUGAUAUGGGCUGUCAUAUAGAUGGUUUCAUAGCUGUGGUGGGGCACACUCAUGUCCUUCAGCAAGGCCCAGUGACAGGAAGAGCAGCUGAUGUUAUUGCCGCUGCAAAUACUGCUGCUGAGGUUGCCUUAAGGCUCGUGAGACCUGGAAAGAAGAAUCAAGACGUGACUGAAGCCAUUCAAAAGGUUGCAGCUGCAUAUGACUGCAAAAUUGUCGAAGGUGUUCUUAGUCAUCAACUGAAGCAAUUUGUGAUUGAUGGAAACAAAGUUGUUUUAAGUGUCACAAAUCCUGAUACCAGAGUUGAUGAUGCCGAGUUUGAGGAGAAUGAAGUUUAUGCAAUUGAUAUAGUUGCAAGCACUGGAGAUGGCAAGCCAAAGUUGUUGGAUGAGAAACAGACGACAAUUUACAAAAGAGCUGUUGACAAGAAUUAUCACUUGAAAAUGAAAGCAUCCCGUUUCAUAUUUAGCGAGAUCAACCAAAAAUAUCCAAUCAUGCCGUUCUCAGCUAGGGCUCUGGAAGAGAAGCGUGCUCGGCUAGGAUUGGUUGAGUGUGUUAAUCACGAGCUUUUGCAGCCAUACCCUGUUCUUCAUGAAAAGCCUGGUGAUUUUGUUGCACAUAUCAAAUUCACGGUUCUUCUAAUGCCAAAUGGAUCAGACCGCAUUACGUCACAUUUUCUGCAGGAGUUGCAGCCAACUAAAACUGUUGAUGACCCUGAAAUUAAAGCUUGGUUAGCUCUAGCUGUGAAGAGCAAGAAGAAGGGUGGUGGCAAGAAAAAGAAAGGCAAGAAAGGCGAAAAAGGUGAAGGCGAUGAAGCAGUGGCGAUGGACGAAACAACAACAAACGGUGGCGUUCAAGGGUGAGAUCCGAACAUUUCUUGUGUAAUUUUGACGAAUUCGAAUCAAAAUUUUGGUUCCUCCCUUGUUGCAUGAGAGUUUUGUAGGGGUUUUUUUUCCUCGAAGGAUGUUUGUUUCUACAGAAGAGAGCAUGUACACACAGCUUCAUUUGUGUUCUUUUUCUUGGGAAAAACAAACCUAAAAUAUUUCUUAAAAAACUUUUUAAGUCUUAAAUUGAUGCAUUGCAAUAACAUGGUUUCAUGGUGUGUUGGGGGAUCCA